AUGGCUUUAACAAAAUCAACCAAACUCCCUCAAACACAACUCAUCAAACAAAUCCUCAAACGAUGUUCAAGUCUAACCAAAAAACAACAACAACAAUCCUACGAUGAUCCUCGUUUACACGUUCCUAAAGGCCACUUUGUUGUCUAUGUUGGUGAAAACCGAAGCAGGUACAUUGUUCCUAUCUCCUUCCUAACCCGACCAGAGUUCCAAAACCUCUUACAUCAAGCUGAAGAAGAGUUCGGAUUCGAUCAUGAUAUGGGUCUCACCAUCCCUUGCGACCAAGAUGCUUUUGAGUCUCUUACUUCCAUGCUCAGAUAA